AUGAAUAAACAAGAGUUAGUGGAAUCACAACUUCAACAACCUAUUUCAUAUAUUGAAACAAAUAGAAAUGCAAAUUAUUUUGGUCCAUUAUUAAAAAACUUAAUUGUCAGUUUAAAAUUUAAUGUAGAAGAAUUUUAUAUUAUUUUUAGAGAAGCUUUUGAAGUAGCUUAUCAAAAAUUUAAAGUACACAUUUUUAAUCAUCCAUUCUGUUUACUUUUUCAUGCAAGUCAAGUUUUUGAUUCAAAAUAUAUUCAUAUAGAAGAUAUUUUAUAA